UAAUUCCGCUCCGCCAAUAAACACAGAGAACAAGAAGCAGCAGGUGUGGAGGACUACCUGCCUGAGCAAUGAACUGUAGAGGAAAAUAUUGAUUUAAUUUAGAGGAAUACACCAGAGAAUAGCCAUGGAUAUCGCUCUGUAUCUGAUAGCGGCUGCUAUCCUCAUCGUUCUCAUCGUGUUCGCGGUGAAGCUGCGGAGAAAAACUGAGGAAGCUGAUGUGGAGCAGCGGAGGGAUGUGGUCCGGGCAGCAGGUCCUCCUCAGAGGGCUGCAGAGGACCGAGGAGCCGGGAUGCCUCGCAGGAGGAGGAACCUGGCCUCCGCUAUGGCCAACAGACAACCACCGAGAGAAGUGGUGGAACCCGAGGAGGAACCUGUAGAGGAAGAAGGGGCAGAGCAGCAGAACGUCCAGCUGACUGCAAAGGUUGGAGCCAAGAAGCAGAAGAAGCUGGAGGAGAAACAGGCCAAGAAAGCCCAGAGAGAGGCAGAGAUGGAGGAGAGGGAGGAGAGGAAGAGGAUGCAGGAGCUCAGAGAACAGGAGCGACGGCAGGAGGAGGAGAAGGAGCGACUGAUGGAGCAGAAACAGGAGGAGGACGAGCGUCGAGCUAAAGAGGAGCAGGAGAGACGAGAGGAGGAGGAGUACUUAAGACUGAAAGCGUCCUUCGUGGUAGAAGACCAGGGAGAGGAGGAGCAGCUGUCUGAGGACCAGUCACGUAAUCUGCUGCAGGAAUUCAUCCAUUACAUCGAGAGCUCCAAGGUGGUUCUUCUGGAGGAUCUGGCUUCUCACUUUGGGAUGAGGACUCAGGAUGCUAUCGGCCGACUGCAGGACCUGCUGGCUGAAGGUUCCCUCACAGGUGUGAUUGACGACCGAGGGAAGUUCAUCUCCAUCACCCCUGAGGAGCUGGACUCGGUGGCUCGGUUCAUCAGGCAGAGAGGAAGAGUGUCCAUCACAGAGCUGGCCCAGGCCAGUAACUCCCUCAUCAACCUGACGCCUGACAGCCGCAGCGCCGCCUGAAGGAGGAUGGACUGAACUGAGAUCUGUGUGGAGCUUUCCCUCAGCAGCAGGUGGACAGUUUACCUCACAGGAGCAUCACGGCUGCUUUAAUUCACCUGCAGGGCUUCACAUGGAUCACCUAGAAUAUAAUUACCCCACUGAGUGUCACAGUUUAGUCCCUUAUUCAGCACCUCUGUGGUAAUAAAAGUGUGAUGUUUA